GCAUGUAAAAGAAAAGAAAUCAGUAUAUUCAAUUUUCAAAAAGAACGAUCCUUGCCUCGAGGAUGAAUUACGAGACUAUUCUACUUCCCCAAGGGAACUACUACAGUUUUGGGGUGGUUUCCAUUGAAUGAAAUGAGUUUUGAUAGCUGCAUCAUCUACUACAGUUAUAGAUGAUGCACCAUGAAUUUUCCUAAGAUCUUCAGGUAAACCUAAUCUAUGUUUUCAGAAAAUUUCUGAUACUACGGGUAGAUGCUCCAUUCUCUCAUGCUGAUCUCUUAAAAAUGUUACUUCAAAACGAUUGCCGCAUUUCUCAGAGCCAGGUAUCUUUGCACAUGAUCAUUGGGAAGAGACCUCACAAGCUUGAAGACCUCAGCAUUUGCAUAGCGGAGAUUGGUCCUUGGAUCAUAGUAAGGUGCCUGCAAGGAUAGAACAACAAAUAAAUUUCUGAAUGGUCAAGAAUGCUCAAAAUGGGCAUUAUACACUCCAAAAAUGAGUCUUAAGUCCUCAAGUUUGACGAAUUAAUCAGAACCACAUACCUCAAAUCCUGUUAUAUCACAAAUUUUCUUACAUGGAUGCAUGGAGGGAGAUGAUUCAAUAUUAAUGUCUACAAAACAAGAUUCAACCAAGGAAUAAAAUUUCAUCAGGUUA